AUGGGGCCAAGCGGUUUUGGAGAUGGUACCGGCUAUAGCAUUGGGAUCGAUCUGGGAACGGCAAGAAUCUGUACCGCCGUCUUCAGAAAUGACAGGGCCGAAAUCGUUCCACACGAGGGCCAGUCAUUCAUGCCAUGUUAUGUUGCUUUCACGAAGACCGGUCGCCUAAUCGGAGCGGCAGCUAAGAACCAGGCUAGCGCCAAUCCGACGAAUACCCUCUUUGGUGCCCUCAGGUUCAUUGGAAGGAAAUACGACGAUCCCGAAACCCAACAGAUGAUCAAAGGUUUUCCAUUCCGAGUUGCACGAGAUGCAAGCGGUAGUCCCACGUUUGUUGUUCAGCACCGCGGCGGCGUACUGACCAUGACCGCAAUGGAGGUGCUGUCCAUAUUGCUGAGUAGAGUCAGAAGAGAUGCCCAACGUUACUUGGGUAACUAUCCGAUGAGUGCAGUCAUCACUGUUCCAGCUUCGUUCAGUUCUAUUCAACGUCAUGCGGUGAGCAAUGCUGCCAUGAUAGCUGACAUCAAGCCCCUUCGCUUACUCGGCUCCGCUGUUGGUGCUUGUUUGGAUUACAUGAUAAAACAGCAGCCGGUUGAUAAAACAAACAUCUUAAUUGCAGAUUUCGGCGCCGGGAGUAUGGAUGUAGCUAUCGCCACCCUCGAACAUGGCGUAGUGGAGAUUCAGGCCAUCGCCGGAGCUAACGAUGUAGGAGGAGAUGAUAUUGAUACCUGCUUGGUUCGCUAUGCAGCCAAUGUCUUCAAACGUGAAACAUCCUCCGAUCUCACUAGAGAUUCUCGAGCGCUUCGUAGAUUGCGUACUGCAUGUGAAAAGGCGAAACAAGAGCUGUCGUCGCAGACACAGACCACUGUAUAUAUCGACCAGUUGUGCGACGGACACGAUUUUGUUUGGACUCUCACACGGCAAAGCCUAGAAGAAUGUUUUAGCGACCCUCUGCGAGCCUGUCUUGUGCCGAUUAAGCAAGCAUUGAAAGACGCUGGUAUCGAGAAAUCAAGGAUCCACGUGGCGAUCGUAAUUGGAGGCUCUUCGAGGACACCUCAGCUGCAACACCGUGUGUCCGAAUUGUUAAACUUCAUGGAUAUUGCCAAGUGUCUCAAUCCAGACGAGACUGCAGCGAGAGGUGUCGCAUUCGAAGCGGCAAUUCUGUCCGGCGACCUUUCCUCGCGAUCCACAGCCGAGACGCUUCUUGUUGAUGUCGUGCCGUUCACGAUUGGUAUUGGGACAAGAGAGGGAAUCAUAUCUCCACUUCUCCAACGGAAUACUAGCAUUCCCACAAAAAAGGCGGAUACCUUCACUCUCACAGAGGAUGACAAGAAUAACAAAAGCUUCUUUGUGUCAGUUUUUGAAGGGGAGUCCGCGCACACGAUGUAUAACAUGUGUCUGGGAAAGUCAGUGGUACCUCUUUCACAUCUUUGGGACAACGUCCCGCAGAUGGUGGUAACCGUGGACUGUGAUCAAGAUAACGAGUUUGAGAUCCACGUCCUGGACAAAGCAACCGGCGUCAGAAUACAAGUACCUUGCCUGGACACUGAUCGACUGUCAAUGGAAGACCUGGUGCUAUUGAAGGCGAAAGCUGCGGGCUUCAACAUCGCUGAUGAGACUGAAGAGAGACGUAUAGAGGCGAAGAAUGCAGCAGAAGGGUACGUAUUUGCUUUGCUAGAUCGAUUAGGCUCGCAACCCCAGACAGACAUCAUCUGCCGAAAGGUCCAUCUGGCGAACAGACUCUUAGUGUGGCUCGAUGAGAACAAUGACGCCGCGUUUUCGGAGUACACAGCAAAACUCCAUCAAUUGCAGGAAUUCGCAGAAAUUACUGUAGAUUCAGGCACCGAACAGAGACCUGUCGUGGCUGAGCAAAAGGAAACGGAGGAAGUUUUCGAUCACCUUGUGAACAUGGCAGAAAAGCCAAAAAAGACAGGCGCAGAUGAUGUGAGAUCGCAAACAGAAUCCGAAACGGAGGUGAACGAUGAGGAGCGGAGUAACGCGCGCUCGCCUUCAAUGAUUCCGUCAUCUACCGACUUGAGUACUCCUCCAGCUACAGAGGCUAGAAGCGAUAAGAAAUUGGAUGUUCGAUCCAGUUUGGGGUCGUCGCCAGUGGGUAUUACGGUCGAUCUCGAACCACUCGUAGGGAAUGAGGAGCUUGCCGUGGAUACAGCUGUCGAGAAAAUGCAAGAUAUUGCGCAACCAUCACUCGACAAUGACCACAUAUUCUCACAACCCUGCUCGCCUCCUGCACGAGUACCAAGUGUCUCAAAUGUUUCCAACAAGUCAAGCACGCUUCGCUCGGAGACACCUCAAUCUACUGCGAGGGGCAUGUCGGAACUGUUCUCCAAGCCAAAGGUAGAGAGCAUUGUUUACACAGAUGCCGACUUCGUGUGUAUGUCUACCUAUCUGGCCAAUGUCGGCAGACUUUCAUGGAGCAUGGUUCCACGACUAUACACCGUUCUUCGUUUGAUCGAUAAGCUGGAUAUGCUGGACUUCUUCAUCGACCAAGGCAUUACAGACAUCUGGUUUCCAUUUACGCAGAUGUCUCUGCCAAGUGCAAUGUCGCCAACGGCAAAAGCACAUUUUCUUGAACACCAGCACGCGGUUCUGUCCAAGUCAUUGCUGUUUGAAAUAGACUCCAAUCGUACACAUACCCACUUCGGGCAGGGUGAACCCCUUCCCUUUCAAGUUGUCGCAAAGCUUGGAGCUGGAGCUCACGGACAAGUCGACAAAGUCAUGAGUACCGUGAGCUGUCGUGAAUACGCUCGGAAGCUCUUUCGGCGAAGAAGGGGUGUGAGCCAAGACGCUAUCAAAAGCUUUCUUGUUGAGCUACGAGUAUUGAAAAGAGUACAACACCGUCACUGCAUAGAAUUGGUACAAAGUUACACCGACCCUAAAUAUUUCGCACUCAUCAUGGUCCCGGUCGGUCAGUGCGACCUAUACGAAUAUUAUAAACUGGCGCGUGAUUCACCAGACAAACUCUCUCUUCUCCGGAGCUUUUUCGGUUGCCUCAGUAAUGCGUUAGAGUACAUCCACAGCAUCAAGAUUCGUCACCGUGACAUCAAACCACAAAACAUACUAGUGAAGGGUGAUAAAGUUUUCCUCACAGACUUUGGUAUCGCGCUCGACUGGGAACAUCUCUCCCGAUCCACUACAACCGCGGAUUCCGGAAAGACACUUAUCUAUGCUGCUCCCGAGGUAAUGCGUUACCAAAGGCGCAAUUCCUCGGCGGAUGUCUGGUCGCUGGGAUGCGUUUUCUUCGAAAUGGUGACUGUGCUCAAAGGAGAGACAGUAGACGCAAUGCGUGAGUUCUUUACGGAGCGCAGUGGGAGCCGUCACUUUCAUGCAAACGGAUCGAAUCUAGGAAAAUGGGCUAGCACCUUGCGUGGCAAAGGCUCAGCAAAAGACGAUGCAGUGUUCAAAUGGGUUCGGGCUAUGCUUGAUGAAGAAGCGGAGGAUCGGCCAACUGCCGCGACGCUUUAUGCGGAUAUCACUGCUACAUGUGUUUCUCAGCAUGCGUUGUUCUGUGGUUCAUGUUGUUUAGAGGCAGUUGAUUCAAGUGAUGUAGAAGAUGACGAUGACGAUGAGUUGUGGGGCCAGGCGGCGGAGUUGACACUGGGACAUGAGCCAACAUGA